AUGUCUGCAAACGAAGAAAUUGUAAAGCCUUCCAGAUUAUCCGGUGAGGGGAUGAUUACUCCCAAGAAUCAUAAUUCGUCUACCGUAAUACAAAUUGAAAAAGAAGUUCAAGAGCUCACCAAAGAACUUGAUCCAAUUCAUGAAAAAAUUAUAAAUGAUCAAAUUCAUAUUGAAGAUGAUAAGUCAUCUUAUUGGCAAUUAUAUUCUUUCGCUACAAAACGUGAUUGGAUAUUAAUGGGAAUCGGUUUGAUUUUUGCCUUCGCUGCUGGUGCUGCUAUCCCUGCGAUAGCACCUGUGUUCGAAAAAAUGGUCGAUUAUCUUACUAAAUAUCAAAAUAAGCAAAUUACUGAAGAAGAAUUCUUGGACAACAUUAAUUAUUUUGUAUUAUUCUUCGUCUAUCUUGCUAUACUUGCCCUUGUCUCCAAUUAUUUCUUAAUGGCUUGCUGGGCCGCAACCGGAGAGAGAAUUACUCGAAAAAUCCGAGAAAAUUAUUUACAUGCGGUUUUAAGACAAAAUAUUGCUUAUUUUGAUAAACUUGGCGCUGGUGAGGUUACGACAAGAAUCACAAAUGAUACUCAUUUGAUACAAAACGGCAUUAGUGAGAAAGUGUCCAUGUCAUUUUCUCAUUUGGCACAAUUCGUAAUAGCCUUUGCGAUAGCAUUUUCAAAAAGUUGGAAAAUGACCCUAGUGAUUUGUGGGUUGUUCCCUUUAAUUACAAUAAAUGGUAGUAUAUUUAAUAAGUUUAUUGCCAAGUAUAAAGUAAAAAUUCUAGAUUAUUGUUCCCAAGCCGCUGUUAUAGCAGAGGAAACGUUUUCCACAAUUAGAACUUCAAUUGCAUUUUCACAACAAAAAAAUCUCUCAAAAAAUUACGAUGCCAAAUUGGAAAGGGCUAAAAGUAUUGGGGUCAAAACGAGUGCUUUGAAUGGUUUGUGCCUAGGCACGAUAAAUUUUUUUGUUUAUUUAACCUAUGCCUUGGCGUUUUGGUACGGUUCAACUUUAAUUAUUAGCGGGGAGCUAACUCCUGGAACUGUAAUUAAUGUGUUCUUCUCGGUUCUGAUUGGCAGCUAUGCUCUCGGAAAUGUCAUGCCGGAUAUUGUCGCUUUCAAUACUGCACAAGUUGCCGGGAAAAAAAUUUUCGAAACGAUAAACAGGAUUCCUCCAAUCGAUAUUGAAUCGAAGGAAGGCAAUGAGUUGGAUCAAAUUGAAGGCCGGAUACAAUUAAAAAACAUUUCGUUUAUUUACCCCUCCAGACCUGAGAUAAAAACGUUAAAAAAUGUAUCAUUGGAUAUUGAACCUGGCACUACCGUCGCUCUAGUUGGUUCUUCCGGAUCCGGAAAAAGUAAUGGAGAGAUUUUAGUCGAUGGGCAUGAUAUCAAAGGAUUUAAUUUAAAAUGGCUUCGAAGACAAAUGAGUCUUGUAAGUCAAGAACCUGUACUCUUCAACACAUCGAUUGCGGAAAAUGUAUCCCAUGGGUUAAUAGGAUCAGCAUAUGAAAACGUUGAUCCAGAUAAGAAACACGAAAUGAUUGUACAAGCGUGUAAAAUGGCAAACGCUCAUGAUUUCAUUAUGAAAUUACCAGAUAAAUAUGAAACGAAUGUGGGUGAAAGAGGAUUUUUAUUAUCAGGAGGGCAAAAACAACGCAUUGCGAUCGCAAGAGCAAUUGUUAAAGAUCCAAAGAUAUUAUUAUUGGAUGAAGCUACGAGUGCACUUGAUACGAAAAGUGAAGGAAUCGUGCAAGACGCUUUAGAUAAAGCUUCAAAAAAUCGUACGACAGUCGUAAUAGCUCAUAGAUUAUCAACAAUUCGCAAUGCUACAAAAAUUGUUGUAAUGAGCAAUGGUGAAAUUAUUGAAACCGGUACUCAUGAUGAAUUAAUUCAAGAACAAGAGGGACCUUAUUCAAAAUUAGUCGCCGCACAAAAAAUUCAGCAACAAAAUGAAGAAAGGUCUAACAAAGAUAUUUCCGAAGAAGGAAUUGCUCUUUCAAAAGUUAUAUCGAAUAAAUCUAUUAUGUCUACUAAAUCUUCUUGUAUCGUAAAUGAGUUAAAUGACAUUGAAAAGAGGGCUAAUUUAGAUUAUCAAUAUACCACUUGGGAAUUAAUUAAAAAAGUUGCUAAAAUCAAUCGUCCUGAAUGGUAUUUGAUGAUUAUGGGGUUCUUUGCUUCGAUUGUUUCUGGCAUGACUUAUCCAUUAUUCGCUUUUAUCUAUGGAAAAGUUAUAAACUCUUUUUCAAAACCUGUGGUUGAAUUACGGGAAGAUGCAACGUUUUGGUCGCUUAUGUUUCUUGUCGUUGCGGCCCUUGCUAUGUUUGGUACCUUUGUUCAAGGUUUAUUUUUUGGCAUAUCCGGAGAAAAACUUGCCCUUCGAAUUCGCUCAAUGUCAUUCGCAGCGUUGCUACGAAAAGAUAUUAGUUUCUUUGAUGAAGAAAAAAAUAAUGCCGGUUCUUUGACGAGUGCAUUAUCAACAAGUGCAACAGAAAUUUCCGGAUUCGCCGGUGCCACACUUGGAAUUAUUCUUCAAAUAAUUUCCACUCUCAUAUCGGGAACUAUAGUUGCAUUGAUAAUUGGAUGGAAACUGGCGCUUAUAUCGAUGACUAUGAUACCGUUUCUAAUGUUGGGCGGUUUUUAUCGAAUUAAAAUGAUGUCGGGAUUCCAAGCAAAAACCCUAAAGGCUCACGAGCGAUCCGCACAAGUUGCGUGUGAAGGAACGGCCAAUAUCCGUACGGUUGCAUCACUCACGCGAGAAAAUGAUAUAUUGAAAUUAUAUAGUCAAAUGCUGGAUGAGCCUCUGAAGGAAGGAUAUAAAAAUGCGAUUUUUGGAAGUGUGACUUUUGCUCUCACAUCCUGUACUAAUUAUCUCGUCGAAGCUAUGAUAUUUUGGUAUGGAGCUCAUUUGUUUGUAUAUGGGGAAUACAAUCUUUUCAAAUUCUUUACGGUCUUCAUGGCGGUUAUCUUUGGAGCCAUAUCAUCCGGACGUAUUUUUGCAUAUGCAACUAACAUAACACGAGCAAAAAUUUCGGCAGAAUCUUUAAUAUCAUUAAUUGAAAGUUUACCAAGUAUAGAUACAUGGUCUCAUAAUGGCAAGAAAAUUGAUGUUGCUAAAGGACACAUUAAAUUUUCAAAAGUUCAUUUUAAUUAUCCUACACGUCCUGAUGUACCCGUUCUUCGCGGUCUUAACUUAGAAAUCAAACCAGGACAAUUCGCAGCAUUAGUUGGACCAUCGGGAUGUGGUAAAAGUACAAUGAUUGGACUAACCGAAAGAUUUUAUGAUGUAUCAAGUGGAUCAGUUGAAUUAGACGGAAAUGAUUUAAAAACUUUAAAUAUUAAUAACUUGAGAGAGCAUAUUUCACUUGUUAGUCAAGAACCUUCUUUAUAUAAUAUGACUAUAAAGGAAAAUAUUAUCUUUGGGUGUAAACCGAAUCAAAAACCCACACAAGAAGAUAUUGAAAGGGUUUGUAAUGAAGCUAAUAUUCACGAGUUUAUCAUUAGUUUACCAAAUGGAUAUGAUACUCAUGUUGGCAAUAAAGGAAGUCAAUUAUCCGGAGGUCAAAAACAAAGGAUUGCGAUCGCAAGAGCACUAAUAAGAAAUCCAAAAAUUUUAUUGUUAGAUGAGGCGACAUCAGCUUUAGAUACUGAAUCAGAAAAGAUUGUACAAAAAGCUUUAGAUAAAGCGUCAGAAGGUCGAACCACAUUAGCAAUAGCACAUAGAUUAUCAACAAUUCAACAUGCCGAUAUUAUAUUCGUUAUUAAAGAUGGUAAAGUAGCUGAAGAAGGCACUCAUCAAGAAUUGUUGGCCAAAAAAGGGAUUUAUCAUAUGAUGGUACAAGAACAAAAGUAA